UGACCGUUUCACUCUGCCCCACCUUCCCCCUUUCUUUCCAUUACUGCAAAUUCAAAGGAUUCAUUCUCUUUCUCUCUCAUCUUCAUCGGAUUCUCCCUCUACCUUCAUUCUCUGUAAAGGGUUUCUGAAAUCAUGAAAACCCAUUAGCAGAAUCGCCAUUUCUGAGUCAUCAGAGCUUUGUUCUCAGUGGCAGAGCAACCAAGAAGGAGAUUCAGUUAAUCUUCUUCCCUUUUCGUUUUUCUUAACCAUGGGUUGUUUCAUUGCUUGUUUUCGCUCAUCCAGUGACGUGAACAAGCAUAGGAAACAGAGACGGCGUAAAGUUUUGCCACGAGAACAAGCUGCUAAUGCUGUCUCCCAGCUUGUUCAGGUCUCACCAUCAACUGUAGACAGUGCUUCUGAUAGAUCUAUUAGUCCGAUUCUGAAAGCUCGGGAUAGGCCUGAGGAGCAACUGAACCUGAGUACUAGAAAGAGAGUAACAUUUGAUUCCAAUGUAAAGACAUAUGAACUCGAUGAUGUUGAAGCUGAAGCUGAAGCUGAUGCUUUUCUUGAAAAAGAUAGUAACAAGAAGGAGGAGAAGGACCUAGCUGAAAUAUCUCAAUCCCAGUGCAAAUCAUACUCUGAAGAGGGCUCCACAGUUUCAAGCGUUUCGUCUUACCCUCCCAAUCAUAGGUAUCAGAAUUGUAGAGAUAGUGAUGAUGAAGAUGAAUUGGAUUAUGCUGAUAGUGAUCUUGAUCAUGAUCAUGUUGACACUGAUGAAGAUGGUGAUGAUGAGAACGAUUAUGAUGUUGUUGAGGAUGAAGAGUAUGACAAUUACUAUGAUGAUGAAGAUGGAAUCAGAGAAUCAAGUGAGAAAAAUUCUGCUGAUCAAGUGUUUGCUGAUGAGGUCGAUAGCUGUUUGUCGGUAUGCGGGUGUCCUGGAAAGACCGAACCUCAAAAUGGGGUGAGACGAACUGCUCGAGAUAGGAAUGCUUGUGUUCAUUCUGUGUUGAAGCCUGUGGAAAAUAUCUCACAAUGGAAGGCAGUUAAAAUUAAGGAUAAACAUCGGUCGAAUCCUCCUCCUUGUAAAGAGAAUUUGGCACUGAGUGGAGCUCCUAGGCGUUCUUUUGGGACAGAGCCAAGUUUUAAGAAAUCCUCUUUUGGUCAUAAGUCAAAAACUUGCCAACCUACAAGCUCAGAUCAAGAGAUAGCUGUUGAUGCCAGCCUUUCGAACUGGUUGAGUUCAUCAGAAGUUACACCUCCAAGCAAGACUAGCACAGGCAUUUCAGUUCUUCCAACACCAGAGUCACAAGGAUCAAACUCACCUAAAAGCCAAGAAGAUAGACCAAUUUUGGGAGCCUUAACUAUGGAGGAGCUCAAACAGUUUUCAACUACACCUUCUCCAAGACAAUCACCAAAUAGAAGCGCCGACAAUAUGCCAAUCAUUGGGACUGUUGGCACAUAUUGGAGUCACUCUGGCUCUGUUGAGGAUUCGGGACCAGCCUCCUCUUUCAAAAGAGUGUCAAAUUCCAGCAGCAACUACAGAGAAAUGUGUGUGAAAUAAGAGUGAUACGAUGCCGAGUUCUGAUUGAUGUUGUGGAAGAACGAAACCAGUUUGUGAUGGGUGACAGUGCCUUUGAUGUUGUUGAUAAAUGAGGUUUGAAUUCGAGGGGUGAUAAUGUCAUUGAUGAUGAUAAAUCGAGGUUCGAGUUUGAAGAAACGAAUGAAUGCAAGCUUUUACCAACUUACACAACACCAUUGUAUGAUAGAUAAGUUUGUGAGAUACCUGUGUGGAGAGGAGUUAGUUGUAUUGGUGUGUGUCCAUUACAUUUAUUUCAUUGUUUUGUGAAUUUGAAUUGAUUUCUGUAAUAUUCAUUUGUUCGAUUGGAGUUAAUGCAUUCGUUUUCCUGUCAUAUAUAUAUAUAUAUAAUCUUUUUCCUUA